UAAUUAAUCUUUUUACUUGCUUGUUACGAAAUCAACUUUAAAACCCCAAUAUUGUUUUAGCUUGAUAUUGAUCCCAUAAAGAUAAAGUGUAAUAGUUGGUCUCUGUGGAUUCAAUCCUAAAGUGCUACAUCGACAUAUCAUUCGAUUGUGGUAGUGUGCACAUUAGGUUAAUUGGUGUGAUACGUAAUAUCAACCUCCUUUGGACCGUUAAUUUUAAUAUAAGUGUUCUACGUUCAGGAAAAACAAAAUACUCAGGACUAUUCAACCAUUUCCACAAAAAUGAUUUUAUAGAUUUUUUUUGGAUAUAAUAUAUACUAUUAUAAUUGAUCAUGCAUAUAGUUACAAACGCAUGUGUAUAUGAAAUUGAUAGGUAUGUAAUGAAUGACGAAGAGAACAAAAGAGGAAAAAGGUGAGUGUUAGCCCCAAAUUCACGUUGCCCCCUCGUGGGCUUAUUGAUUCCAAAUCAAUUCUGUGUCCUUAUGGUACGAUCUGUGCGCUAAUAGCAACGUGCCUUGAUGUGAUCACUAGCCGGUUUUUUCCUUCGUCUCCAUUAUGUCUUCCUUGUGAUUCUCUUUCACACGAAAUUUCUCUAAUUGAUUAAAUUACAGUAAAAACUGUAAAAACUGAAUCACGAAUCUUCAUCUCCAACUUAAUAUAUAGCCAGUUCCUUAUGUAUCGCUUGCAAUUUUCGGUGGAUUGAUUUAACAUUUAGAUUAAAAAUCAUUUCAUUUUUCUUUUUAGACUAAGAAAAUUAGAAAAUGAAACAAAUUAAACAUUUAUAACAAAAAAAAGUUCCAGUGGACUUAAAAAAAAAGGGGGUUCCAGUGGACUGAAGAACAAAACUACAAACUCUUAUUAGAUGUCACAAGAAAAUUCAUUAAGAAAAAAACUUACAAAAAUUGACUAAUACGAGUUUAGAAAGUUUUUUCUGGAAAAAAAGAUUUUGAUCCCAAAAAAGCAAUGAUUCAGUCAAUGUAACUGUAUAAAAUCAAGACUGAUAUGUUGGUUUGAUGUAAAACAUCAUACAAUAUACAAAGAGUACUUGCUAGUUUAAGCUACAAAAAAUGUCCCCAAAUUACAAUAAUAUUCGUACGAGCUUAUAUGGGCUUCUAUAUUAAAUUAUUUGGGCUAUUCUAUUAAUUUGCAUCAAAUUUCAUUAUUCCAUACUUAAAUUAUAUGGGCUUAUGUACUAAAUUCAAGCCCUACUGAGCUAUAUUCUCUCUAUGUAGUUCAACAAAGCCAUUGUUCAAUUAGCGGGCCUUUGAUUAGCUGCAAUUAUGUUUCAUAUUACAUUUGGAGUUAGAGAUGUUUAUUAUGCUUAGAAUUAUAGUGUCCGUGUCCGUGUGUGUGAAAGGAAAAAAUCAUCACACAGUAGACCACUUUCUGAAACAAAUACAAUGACACUUCUAUAAAUUAAUAAUGUUGGACUACACCAAAACUAUAAUUUUUUUAUUAAUUUAUAAAAAUAUUAAUUUAUUGAUAUACUAAUUGAAACAAAAUCUCAAUUUGAGACUAUAAAAUUAUAUUGUUUUAUAGAAAUUUUUAGUGUAUAUUAAUUUAUAGAUUAUUAAUUUAAAGAGGUUAUACUGUAUACCGUUAGCCAUAUGUUAUUAUACUUCUCUAUUUUCUGCACUACUUUGAGCAACUUGACUUAAGCCCAUUACUCCGUACUUUUAAAUAUACUAGGUAUUUUUCUAUGACAUGUACAAAAAUAAAAUAUUUAAAAUUUAAAUUAUAAUCAAAUUUUGUUAAUUUUUAUAUUUUAUUAUUUUUUUACAAUAUUCAUUUUUUAAUUUUAAUUUAUUUAUAUGUAAAAUUUAAGAUUAAAUAAAAUAAUAUAUAUGUAUAUAUUUUAAAUUAUAAUCUUGGAAAUAUUUUUAAUCUUUUUUUUGGUUAAUAUAUAUUAAAUCAAAUUCUAUAAAAUUAAGAGAAAUUUUUUUUAGGUAUAUAACUAUCAAAACGUAAAACAAAUAAUAUUUCUAAAAUUUGGUAUAUAUUAACAAACAAAUGUAUUACAAAUUUUUUUUUAAAACAUCAUAAAAUUUGGAAGAAUUGUUUUAGUAAUAAAAACAUAUAUAAUUGCAACAUGAACGAUUUCUAAUGAUUUCUAAGGGAUCACUAACGAUUUUUAUUCCCUUGUAACAUUAACUUUCUUAGGCAUCACUCCUAAGGGAUAAAUCUCCAUGAAUUUGCGUUAGUUUUCUGCUACACGCAAUGUUGUAAAAAAUUAUUUCUCAUCAACACAUGUAUUUGUUAUUAUUGUAAGCCUAAGCACCAAUACCCUCCAACAUAUUAUAACAACCAUUUGUUCCAUAUGUAAAGUCAUCUUCAUUGGUGAAUCUUUCACCAAUUAUAUUAAAUAUUUAAUUGGUGAAAAUUAUUGUCAAAUUCACCAAAUAUAAAUACCGUAAGGCAUUAACAUAGUUAAUUAUUUAUUUUAGUCAUCAUGAUAUGCGUUUGCUUGCAAAAUAACUAUGUUCAUUCUAAUUAAACUGCCGUAAUAUCGAGUUGAAACUAUCAUAACUACUUUUCCAAAAAUGGUAGAUGAUAGUUUCUUGCUUUAGUUGUUCCAAAUCCAAUUUUGAAGUCAAAUGAGAGAAAAUAUACAGAGAUUUGUUACUAAACAAGGCCGAGUACUUUUCAUAUGUGUCUUACUUUGCAUGUAUUCCCAAUAUUUGAAUAUAGUGAUGGAUUCCCAAUAUUCUAAUAUAUGGAAUGAAAUUUUUUUUUAAAUUGACUAUAAAAUAAGGGAGGAAAGCAGAUACUAUAUAUAUGUAAGUCACAUCCCUCCUACGUGUAAUAGUCUCUGUUCUUCAAUCUCUCCGCUCUUUUACGUCUGACCUUAGGUUUGUUCCCUUCUUCUCUUAUCUCUCUCUCUCUCUCUAAAAUUCCUGUGAUUCUAUCUCAGUUUGAUAUGUUCUUGCUCUCUUCUUCCACAAGUUAUCGAUCUCGACGGUCUCGUGGGUUUCUUCUCCUCCUUUUUCUAGUUUGCUCGAUAAUCUUGUUUCUGUUUUGUGGAACCAAACAUGGGUUUUGUCUUUUGCAUUUAAACUUUUAAAAUCUAUUUACUUUUCUGAUCUCGAGAGUGUUUAAAGCCUGAAAGGCUGAAACAGAGCUUUUUUGUGGGUUCUGAAAUAUCAUUCUUGUACACUUUGAUUUUCUUAAGUUGAUCAUAUUUGCAUGUGAUUUUCUUUUUGGCCUGUUUGUGUGUGUUAAUAUGAUCAAAGCAAUUUAUGUUUAGAUUUUCGUUUAGUUCUCUAGUCUUACAAAAACACACUUGCAAGUUGUAAUGCUAAUUCGAAAAUUGUUGCAUUAAGGUCAUGAUUUUGGGUCUAUGAGGCAUGGUUUCUCUUUAAGUUAAUGCUCUACUUAGCACCAAUCUGCAUGAUCAUUCUUUUGGCAUUGUGAAGAUUAAGUAUUAUUAUUACUAUUAUUACUAUUACUAUUAUUAUUAUUAAAUUUUAGUAUUAGAAACUGCAAUAUGAAUCUGUUGAUAAUUGGGAUUCUAUGUGUUUGUCUAGUUAAGCGAUAUCUCUGAUCAUCAUUCUUGUCGCUGGCUAGACUUAAUGGAGGGAUACUCUAACUGGAAGCCUAACGAACAAGGCAGAGACUCGCUUGCCAAUAACGCUAAUGAUUGGAGAUCAACGCAUGAGUUUGAUCUACGAAAAAGGGUUAUUAUCGCAAUAGUGGAAAAGUUGAAGAUAUGUUUUCCUAAACAUAGCCAAAAUGAUAUCAACAAUACUGCUUGUAAAUUUGAGGGUAAGAUCUAUGGCAUGGCCACAGAUAAGAGUGAUUAUCUGCGGAAAAUCAGUGAAAAGAUAAUGGUUUUCGACCAAAGAUUCAAAAGUGUGCAGUCUGGUUCUUUAGUCAAUGAACCUAAUACUACUCAAGAUCCAGCUCAAGCUCUGAAUCAAGGGCCAUCACUUCCCACCUCGUUGUCAUAUACACAGACUCCAACAAGCCAACAAUGGUUUCCUCAAAACAACAUUCAUCAGUCUUCUGGCUUCUCAAAUCAGGUCCCUAUAACCGUCUCCGCGGCUCAGAGCCAAAACAUUCAAAUGGGUGAAGGAGUUCAUUCACAUCUCCUCAGCAAUUCUCAAAGACAGAUUCAGGGAAGAAAACAGUUUUGUACUCAGCCUCAACAGCAGCUACAGAGUUGUAACGACAUGUUUCAAAGUCAAGUGAAUCAACAGCUUCUAAAAGAGAACACCCAUCACUUACAACCUCCUUACAUGCAGCAGCACCAGCACCAGCAAAGUCUGUUAAAACAACCUAUUCAUCAGCAUUUGCCUCAUCACACAUCAUUGUCUACCAUUCAGCAGUCCUUUCCUCAGACUUCUGUUCACUCUAGUCUAACAUCAUCAGGCCAACAAAACUCUCAAUACUUACCAAGACAUAUGUAUGUGCAGUCUCAAGAACAGAAACAACAAGAAUACGAGCAACUCAUCAGUCAACUGAUGAAUGGUCAAGACACGCAGCAGAAUCAUCUAACAUCACAGCAAAACAACUGGGAGCAACGAGGAGCUUUUACAGUAUCGCCUUCCCAGCAGAACAACAUUGUUAGCUUUCAAGAAAUGGGACAACAGAGUAGUAACCCCCAUACUAUGUACCUGCAACAACACCUUUAUUCUCAUAGUAAUAAUGCUUCUUCAUCCUUGGCGUCACAACAGCAGACAUACAUGCCUGGCGGUCAGUCUGGUAACUUUAAUGUGUAUGAGUCAAGUUUGUUGGGUACUCAAGGCCAAGGUUUGGGACAAUCUCAGCCAAUGAUGCUACAACAAUACCAACAGCCUCAGAAUAGAAUCUUACAGCAACAUUUGGAUGAUACACAAAGGCUUCAUGAAGCAGUCUCUUUGCACCAAACCCAAAACGUAGCAAACCAACAGAAUCAGCCAUAUCAAUUACAGAGAGCCCCUACGGAAAAUCCAUAUAUAAAUGCAAGUGGUGGGGACUGGCAGGAGGAGACCUAUCAAAAGGUAUCUGCAUUGUUUCUUAACGUAUUAACAUUAGAAACUAUGAUUCAUUCAUCCUAUGAAACCUAUUAUUAUCUGCAGAUAAAGGCCCUCAAGGAAAAGUAUUUGCCUGUUCUGAGUACACUGCUCCAAAAAGUAUCUGAAAAAUUGGGGGAGGUUGAUUCUCUUCCUCAACAAAAUACGCAAAAUGAGCCUAUUGAAAAGCUAAGGGUAGGCAAAUCAAUGUUGGAACUAGUUGUUAUGUUCUUAAAUGUACAUAGGGACAAUAUAUCAGAGAGUCACAGAGAUAAGUUUAGUCUGUAUGAGGAACAGGUAUUGAGGUUCACCAAGAAUCGACAGACCUUGACUCAGAGACCAAUGCAGCACCAACAAUCCCCAAGUGGUCAUAAUCAACACUCUAAUAUCAGUCUACCUCAGUCUUGUAUGUUUCAUGAGAAGCAAUUUCAUCAUCUCAACCAGCUACUGCAUAGUCAGCAGCAGCAACAACCACAAACCAACCAGCAGCAGCCUCAGAUACAGAACUACUCUUCUCCUCAGUUUGUGGACCAUCAGAUUCUUUCUACAGCAUUUCACAACACAGGAACCUCAUCACAGUCUCUUGCUCCCUCUCCAAAUCUUGUGGAUCUUGAAAAGCCUAUCUAUGUUGAGUCCCUUGUUUCACAUGAUUACCAACUCCAAACAGCACCUCAGGAGCAGCCUAUUGAUCGUCUGAUAGAAGCUGUGCACUCAGUUACUACCACUCCGCCUCUAGAUAUCAUAUCACAAACUGGUAGCUACAAACGGUUAAGUAGCCUUGAAUCUGAAGCUGAUUCCACCGCAUCAUCUGGCUCCAAAGCUCAAAAGAUUGAGCCUGCUUGUACCCUCCUGCAAGAAAUCAAAGAUAUAAAUGGGAGUCUUGUAGAGACAGUGGUAAACAUAUGUAAUGAAGAGGUUUAUCCAAGUGAAGUUACUCCAGGAACAAUUGUCACGUGUUCUUAUUCUCCUGUGGCUCUCAGUGACACAUUCGAAGCUCAUUACAAGUCAGGACAUAUCUCACAGAUUCAGCCAUUACGCUUACUAGUUCCUGUGAAUUACCCAUCUUCCCCAAUCCUUCUUCUAGAGAAACUCUCAUAUGACUCUAGUCUACACAAAUAUGAUGAUUUAUCAGCGAGGACUAGAUCGAGGUUCGGUUUGUCCAUGAAGGAGUUUUCAGAACCUAUGUCUCUUAAAGAAAUAGCUCAAGCUUGGGAUGUUUGUGCAAGAGAGACGAUGGCUGAGUACGCUGAGCAGCAUGGCGGAUGCACUUUUAGCUCUAACUAUGGUCAUUGGGAUCCUGUCUAGGAGCUUCAUGAGCCCUAGAGGUGAAAACUUAUCAGGUGGAGACGUUAGAGCACAAGUUAGGUUUUCUUCUUUGCCUUGCGGUAAAAGAAACAUCAAUAUUAUGUUUAUACAAGUGCAUAGUGUUUUCAUGUGAGUCUGGCUCAUACCAACAUAUUUUUAAAUUUGAUUUAGAUUUUACAUCAAUAUAUAUUUUACAUUAUCGUGAUUUAGAUUUUUCUAUCUUUUUGUUUUUGGUCAAAAGAUUGUCUAUCCAUUUAUAAAUGAUUUUGGUGGCUAUUCUAACCGAGUAAAAUGUCACAAUUAAGCCAAUUUGUAGAAUAUCCAUGAUUAGUAGUCUAGUAGAGAUGGGAAAUUGAGUCAUAAUUUGCGGGAUCCGCUCUCUUUGAUCUGUUACGGAGCGCAUGCGGAUAGACAGCUUUGAAAAUUUUGAAUUACAUGUCAAGGUAUGGGUUAAGUUUAAUUUUUGAUGGACGCAGGUCGGUAGAAUUUGAAUUGCCUGUAUUUGAAUCUGAUUUUUUUUUUAAAUAAGAAUUUAAUUUCUUAAAAAAAUAAAAAUAUAUUUAUACAACGUUAAUUAUAAAUAUAUAAUAUAAUUUUUUAUUAAAAUAUUAAAAUAAUUUGGUGUAACUUACUUUCCUGUACUAAUGGUUACUAGCAUGCGCAACACUGAAGGUGACUUUUUUCACUGGACCAUAAUUUGAUUCAACGUUUCUAACUAACUUAAAUAACAUUUAAAGACGUGUUUCAAUUUUUUCCAGAGAUUUGAAGCAAAUAUGAUCUUGAUACUAGCUAUCACAAUACAAAGUGAAUCAUUUCCAAACUAACUAAUUUCAAUUUUAAGCAUUAUAGUAACAUUUAUGAUAAGAAUCACAGUAACAUUUUAAUUGUAUAACCAUUAUGCAGUACAUUUGCUUAAGGAUAUUACCGGCUGACGUAGUUACUUAGUUUAGCGGUUGUUGUAAAAAAAAAACAAAAAAAAAAUACUAUUGUUAAGAACCCUCCUCCAUUGUUUCAAUGAUAGCUGAUUCCAAGAGGUAAAUUAUAUUCCCACUCCUAGAGUCAUUAGUGACUCGGUUUAAUUGUUUCUACAACUACCACCGCAUUGGAUACCUGUUCCAUGGACACUUUUCUCCCAAAAUAUUACAGCCGUUAUAAUAUUUAUCUAGAAUUUCAUCUAACCAAAAAUAUACUCCCUCUGUUCCCGAAAGUAGGAUGUUUUGCAGAAUUUUGAUGUUCCAAUAUAUAAGAUGUUUUCAUUUUUCUAGGUAACUUUUAUUUUAUUAAAAACUGUGUACCCAAUCAUAUUUUAAUAGUCUAUUUUGUAAUUGGUUGAAUACUAUUAAUUUAUAGUUUUAAUGAUACUUUCUAGACAAAAAAUAAUUUUCUUAAUAUAUGUGUUUCUACCUAAAAAUCUUAUAUUUAGGAAGAGAGGGAGUAAUA